AUGUCGUCCUCAUCCUCUGAGAAAUUUGAGGGUUUUGUGAUCAAUGACAUCAAGAAGUGGACAGAAUUCAAGAAGCAGAGCAUCAAGCCCAAGGUCUUUGGCGAUCAUGAUAUCGACAUCAAGAUCGAGUGCUGCGGCGUCUGCGGCAGCGAUGUUCACACAAUCACUGGCGGCUGGUCAGAGGACGUGCCCACACCCCUGGCUGUCGGCCACGAGGUCGUCGGCAAGGCCAUCAAGGUCGGCAAGGCCGUCAAGGACGUAAAGGUCGGCGACCGCGUCGGUGUCGGCGCCCAGGUCUGGGCCUGCCUCAAGUGCCAGCAGUGCAAGUCGGACAACGAGAACUACUGCCCGCACAUGGUCGACACGUACGGCGCGCCGUACCCCAAAGACGUCGACCCGGACGAGACCAUUUCCCAGGGUGGCUUCGCCUCGCACAUCCGCGCCCACGAGUACUUUGUCUUCCCCAUCCCUGAUGCCAUCCCCUCGCACCUCGCGGCGCCCAUGCUCUGCGCCGGCCUGACUGUCUGGUCUCCGCUGGUCCGCGCAAAGGUUGGCAAGGGCAGCAAGGUCGGCAUAGUCGGCAUGGGCGGUCUCGGCCACUUCGCCGUCAUGUGGGCCAACGCACUCGGCGCCGAGGUCACGGUCAUCUCGCACUCGCCCAACAAGGAGGAGGACGCGCGCAAGCUCGGCGCCAAGAACUUUGUCAACAGCAACGACAAGGACUGGGCCAAGCCCCUCGCCUUCACCUUUGACUUCCUGCUCAACUCGGCCGACAUGACGCACGAGUUUGACAUUGCCAGCUACCUCUCCACCCUCAAGGUGGGGUGCCACUUCCACCAGGUCGGCCUGCCCGACAAGCCCAUCGACGGCAUCAAGCCCCAGCAGUUCAUGGCCAACGGCUCCAGCUUCGGCGCCAGCCACAUCGGAAACCGGCCCGAGUGCCUGAGCAUGCUCAAGCUCGCCGCCGAGAAACAGCUCUUCCCCAUCGUCGAGACCAUCCCCAUCAGCGAAAAGGGCUGCGCAGAGGCCGUCGAGCGCCUCAAGAACAACAAGGUCCGCUACCGCUUCACGCUGACCGACUACGACAAGGCCUUUGGCGCAUGA